UCCCGUGACUAACAUGGUAGGGCGUUUGACAUCAUGCGUUGCCAAAUAGUUGGUUCUUAUUUACAAUAGUGCACUAAGUAGGGUAUACAUAACGGACCAUACGUCAUUGGUACAGCAGGUUCAAUGUGACUCCGUUUGGAAUUGAACCAUAAUCAUACGCCUCUGUUCUGGUCGUCUUCUACUGCUCAGAAGACACCCGUCCAUCAAAGAGCGAACUAGCUUACAAGUUAUAUAUUAUUUAUUUUCGAGCGAAUAAAUCGCUUUAAACCAGCUUGUUAUAAAGAUACAGCUAUCUAGACUUCUUCAGUCAACAAUCAUUACGAAAUGUUAUUUAGCCCAAACUCUCUGACCGAAUGUUUACAGGAAUGGGAAGAUCUCGAAAAGGACUAUCAACAAGUUCAGGAGACCCAUCGGCUCUACAAACAAAAGCUGGAGGAGGUUUCCAAAUUACAGAAUAGCUGUUCAGCUUCUAUUUUACGACAGAAGAAAAGCCUAAAAGAACUUUCAGCGUCACUUGAAGAAUGCAAACAGAAAGGGAGCCCAGAGGACAUAAGCACUAUAGGUUGGAUUCAAGAAUCAAUGAAAGAAAGACCAAAUGUCUUUUUCGAGAUGGAGGCCUUCCUGCCCAAGAGAAAUGGGUUAUACCUCAGUCUUGUGCUUGGAAAUGUGAAUGUUACCCUCCUUAACAAACAGGCCAAAUUUGCCUAUAAAGAUGAAUAUGAGAAGUUUAAGCUCUAUCUGACCGUUAUACUUCUACUUUUCUCCUUUACAUGUCGGCUUGUGGUCAGCUACAGAGUGCUUGAUGCCCUUUUCAACUUUCUGCUGGUGUGGUAUUACUGCACAUUGACGAUAAGAGAGAGUAUACUUAUUAAUAAUGGUUCUAAGAUUAAGGGCUGGUGGGUAUUUCAACACUAUGUCUCAACUUUCCUCUCUGGAGUAAUGCUGACUUGGCCUGAAGGAGAACUCUACCAAAUGUUCAGGAACCAGUUCCUGUCUUACUCUAUGUAUAUAAAUUUUGUCCAGUUUCUUCAGUACUACUACCAGAGUGGCUGUUUGUACCGGCUUCGUGCCCUGGGAGAGAGACACAACAUGGACCUCACAGUUGAGGGUUUUCAGUCCUGGAUGUGGAGGGGAUUAACUUUUCUGUUGCCUUUCCUUUUUUUUGGCCAUUUUUGGCAACUCUACAAUGGAAUUACACUUUUCCAAAUGGCUCAACUGCCAGAAUGGAAAGAGUGGCAGGUGCUUAUGUGUGGCUCCACCUUUCUUGUGCUCUUUAUGGGGAACUUCUUCACCACACUUGGUGUAGUUUACCAAAAAUACACAAAUCAGGAAAAAGCAAAAGAGUUAUAAAUGAAAACCAAAUACUCCUGAAGUCUUUGUGCACAGAGAAAUACAUAUGUUGUUUAUUUGUUUUGGUGUAAAUGUGCUUAAUUGUACGGUAUAUUAUUGUGUGAGGUUUUAAGUAUCAGUACAGCAGUUAUAAUGUGUUUUUUUUUUUUUAAUUUACAGAUUUUAAUUUCAAAUGUAUGCAUAAAAUGAAAAAGUUAAUGGUCAAUGCAGAGUUUUCCAGUUUCUUUUCUUCUGGUUGGUGGACUGGCUACUGACAUCCUAUAUAGGAUUUAUUCCUGACUCAGUGUUCAUGCUAUAGGCUCCGGAUCAACUGUGACACUGACCAGAAUAAAGCACUUACUGAAAAAGUA